AUGUUUCUUCGCACCGUCUCUCGCGCUGUCCCUCGCAGCACCGCGGCCGUCCGUGCUACCCCAACUGCUGUGAAUGCCGUGCAGACCCGCGCUGCUUCGGACCAUGCUAUCCCCAACCCUACCCUCGCCAACAUCGAGAAGCGCUGGGAGGUCAUGCCCCCUCAGGAGCAGGCCGAGCUCUGGAUGCAGCUCCGUGACCGCAUGAAGGUCGACUGGCACCAGAUGACUCUGCAGGAGAAGAAGGCCGCUUACUACAUUGCCUUCGGUGCCCACGGUCCCCGUGCCCAGGCCCCCAAGGGUGAGGGCUUGCGCGUGUUUUUCAAGGUGGCUCAGCUCACUGCCGUUUCCGUUGCCAUCUUCUACGGCAUCCACGCCUUUGCUGGCAAGCAGCCCGGCACUAUGUCCAAGGAGUGGCAGGAAGCCUCCAACGAAUAUGCUCUGAAAGAGAAGAUCAACCCCAUCCACGGUAUCAGCAAACCGGGUUAUGAAGGCAAGGGCUUCGUCCAGAGCCCUCCUCUUGAGAAGUCAUAG